AUGUGCCACAUGUUGAUGCUGUUUGUGAGCCGGGAUGUUUUGAAGCGAAUGGUUUUAUUGUGCAAAGCGGCUGUUGAGCCACAGUGUGGCCUCCUGUUGUGGAUUCUUGGGAUUCUAAUGCUUUCUAAGUCACUACCAUCUUGUUCAGGAGUAGAGGUGCAGGCAAAAGCUGUCAUACUCUCAGGUGCUUAUAUUGCUACUGACAUGUCAAAAAUGAGCAAAAUGGAUAAUAAGCUACAUCAUGAAAGUGAAUGA